AUGAUUCGAAUGAUACGAUUCAAAUAUUAUACCAAUUCUCAUUAUUUUGCAUUUUUUAUCAAAUUCUUUCUUAUAUUUCUACUGAUUUUUGUGUGUUUUAUUUGGAAAAUCUAUCCAAUUAAUUAUGAUGUUUUACAACAUCCACAUUUGGUUUAUCUCAAGGUUUGUCACAAAAAUUUUUAUAUGAAAAAUAAAAAAAAACAAUUUUCCCGUGACCUCCACGUAAAACGUGGAUUUUUCUGAUUUCUCGUUUUUUUUUUCAUUUCUGAACAAAAUCAUGAAUUUCAACCAACGUGUCAAAUUCAAAAUAUUCUCGAAUUCUCAUUAUUUUGGAUUUUUCUUGAAAGUUUUGAUUAUUCUGGUUUUUAUUGGCAGUUUAGUAUAUCUAAUAUUUUUUGGAGAUCAGAAAAAUAUUUUUAUUGAAAAUCCUCAUUAUAAAUACCUGAAAGUAAGUUUUUUUGAGUAAAAACUUUUUUUUUUCAUUUUUUGGUAAUUGAAUUUCAGAAACUUCAAGAAAACACAAAACCAUCAGAAUGUUUGAUUCCAAAACUUGAUCCUUGGGAUAAAUCAAUUCUCAAAUAUUAUGAUAAAUCGCCUCCAUUGAUUUGUGAUGCGAAACAAAUUCAACUUGUGGAAUCUUUUAAAAAUGGAAUCAUUACAGUAAGUUUGAGUUAUGAGAAAAUAUUUGAAGAAAUUUUUUUCAAACUUUGAAAAAUGUUAGAAAAACUGGGGUUGGGGUAAAAAAAUAACCAAAUUCAGAUUUCCCAAAAAAAUUUCGGUUUUUGAAAUUUUUUUCGAAAUUUCAUGCUCACAACUUUCGUGAAAAAUUCAGAAUUCUUAUGAAACCCUGGUACAAAAACUCAAAAAUCCCUGUAUAUUUUGUUACAGUUCAAUUCCUCACUCAUCUCAAAUAUGAAAUGUUCAAAAACCCAAAUUCAACACAAUGAAGGAGUUUCUGACAAUGAUGUUUUAUUUGGAAAAUUAGUCGAACUCGAUUUUUCAUCUGGUUUAUCAUUUCCAAUCAAAGACGAGUUUUUCGAGAUAAAUUGCGAGUCAACACGAUUUUUCGGGAAGAAUUCUUAUAAAAAACAUUUUGCUCAAAUCGUCCCAAAAAUUGAGGAAAAUCUGAAAAUGAAGUUAGUUUUUUUUGUUGCAAUUUCAAUUUUUCUUGAAAAAAAUUAUUUUUAUUUCUUCAAGAAAAAUUGAAUUGGAAUCUGAGCAAUAUCCAUCAGUUAUAAUGAUUGGAAUGGAUUCAAUGUCGCAUUCAAAUUUUAUUCGACAAAUGCCUUUAACUAUGAAAUUAUUGGAAAAAUGGAAUUUUGUUGAUUUGAAAGGACAUAUGAAAAUACACGAUAAUACUUAUGGAAAUACAAUUGCUAUUUUAACUGGAAAACGAGGAACAAGUGUGAAAGUAAGGGUUUUGUAAGGAUGAAUAGAUUUAGAGAAAAAAAUAGUAUUUUUUUGAAAAAUAGGAGUUCAAAGCUGAAUUGAAUGAGGAUUGGAAUAUUGCAUUUGAUGAUUUCCCAUUUAUUUGGAAUAAUUUCAGUGAAAAUGGUAAGAAUAACGGGGGCGGUUAAGAAAAAGAAAAAUUAGAAAUUUAAAUUUUUUUUAUUAAAAAGAUUACAACUUUUGGCAUCGCUUUACGUAAGAAUUAUUCCAAAUUUCAUUGAUUUUUUUUGGGAAUUUGAAAUUUAUCCAAGUUUAUAUUUUAGAAUUUAAAGAAAACAUUUCCGGUUUUGCUACCUCCCCAAUUUAUUCCAAAAUUUCAGGAUAUGUCACACUUUUUGCUGAAGAUCGCCCUGAUAUUGCAACAUUCAAUUAUAAAAGCAAAUUAAAUGGAUUUCUAAACCAACCAACUGAUCAUUAUUUGAGACCAUUUUGGCAAACUUGUUUUUGGUCUCUUAUUUCUCGAAGAUCUUCUCCAUCUUGUUAUGAUAAUCAAAAACAACAUAUGAUACAAUUAAAUUAUUUAGGUAAACAUAUGUAUUUCAUACUCAGAAAAAUAUAUAUAAACCUUGGAUUUUCAGAAGAUUUCAUUAGAAAAUACGAAGGAAAACGGAAAUUUGGCUAUUUUUGGACACAAGAUAUGUCACAUGGAUUUAUAAAUCUAAUUGGAAGAACUGAUCAAGAUUAUCGAGAUUUUCUGGAGAGAAAUGAGAAAUAUUUGAGGAAUUCGAUAGUUUAUUUAUUUUCGGAUCAUGGACAUCGAAGUGAUAAAAUUAGGGAAACUAUUAUUGGAAGAAUUGAAUCAAGAAUGCCAUUUCAUGCAAUUCGAAUACCUGAAGAUAUUCGCAAAAAAUAUCCAAAGGUAUCUUUUAAUUAAUUAAUUUGUAUGCACUACAGUACUUUUCGGGAACGCUAGAUUUUGGGAAAAUUUAAAAUCCGCAUUUUUUUGGUUAUUUUAUUUCAAGCUUUCUUCAAGAAACUUAUCCAAAGUUUUGCAGAUUGUCGAAAACCUAAAACAUAAUUCGAAUGGAAUCACCACACAAUUUGAUGUAUUCGAAGGCCUCAAAAAAAUAGCAAAUGGCAAUUUUUUGAAAGAAUUGGAACAAAAAACAUUGCAAAGAGGAUAUUCAUAUUUUGACAAAUUCCCCAAAAGACAAACUUGUUAUGCAGCUGGCGUAAGAGAUUUUGAAAAAAAUCGAAAAUAAUGAAACCAAAUUUUUAUAGAUACCUUCGGAUUAUUGCCCGUGUUUGUCUGAAAUUGAAGUCCCGAAGAGUGAAAUGAUUGAAGCUUCAAACGAAUUUUUGAAACAGUUGAAUGUUUUAUUGGAGGAGAAAACUGAACAAACUGAGGAAUAUGAAAGAGAUUCCGAAAAACUGGUAUGUUUUUUUUAUUUUGGAAUCCAGGUCUGUAAAACUUCAGAUUUCAAAUUUUAUUUUCAGUCAGACUACAUGUGUUCUCCAAUUGAAAUGGAUUCAAUCCAAUAUGCAGCAGUUCGUCUUCCAGUUGUAAAUAAAGCUGAAACUGAUGGUUUUAAUCUCAAAGCUGUAUCAAUUCAGUAAGACUUCCCAAUGAAAUUCUCUGAAAAAAUCCGAAAAUAUUUCAGAUAUCACAUGGUUAUAAAAGCUAAACCACCAAGUCGCGCAUUACUUGAAACAACAAUCGAAUUCGAUUUGACAACAAAUAAAUGGUCAACAAUUGCUGAAAUUGAAAGGAAUAAUAAGUAUGUCCCUGGUUUUUUGUUGAAAAUAUAAGUUUACAUUUUCAGAUAUGGUAACACGUCAUUUUGUGUCAAUGAUGCUGUUUUGAAAAAGGUUUGUCAUUGUGUUUUGAGAAAAUCGGACUCGAUUGCUGGAUUAUUGUGA